CAGCAUACAGCAUGUGUCCUAUAUAAGUUUUACAGGAGUAAUCUAAUUUUGCAAAGUUUUAGCGCAUCGCAUAUUGAUUAUAAUAGACCCAACAGGGAGUUUCUGAAGUUACCCGGCUUUUUCCGGCGUUGUUUGGCGCAUAUUUAUCAUCUGAAAAUCGAUAGUAAUCUUUGUUUUACUCUGUAGAUAUAUCACUAUGAAAGUAGUGUCAAUAUUACUGAUUUUGUGGUGGACUGUUAGGCUUUGCUUUUCCUUGGCGUGCCCGCGAGAGUGCCGGUGCGACAUGAGACGGAAAAUAGUGUUCUGUAAUGAAAGGGGGCUAAAAUAUGUCCCGUAUGGAAUACCUACGAACACACGGGUGCUACACUUACAAGGAAAUGUUAUAGUAAACAGUCCAACUUCGGAAGAGAACUUAAGAAGACUCUCAAGCCUCCGAAAGCUUGAUUUGCAUGGAAAUAAAUUAACCUCCUUUCCGAAAAAGCUUCCUUCCAGUCUGGAGUAUAUUUCGCUUCAGCGAAACCACCUGAAAUACGUAGGUCGUGACGUACUCUCCGGUUUGACACGCUUAACUGAGUUACACCUUGAUGGAAACAACAUUACUAGCGCUGGGAUUUCAAGAAGCGCGUUCAAAAACGCUCUCUCUUUGCAAGUUUUAGUGAUGACCGGUAACCUGUUGACGUCAUUACCACUCAAUCUGCCACCAAGUAUUAGAUUUCUUCGCUUGGAUAAAAAUCGUAUCGACGUGGUUAGUAGUUCAGCGGCUAAAACUUUAACCAGUCUUUCAGCGAUCGACUUGUCUCAUAAUAGAAUCAAUACCGGUCUGGAUGAAGGGGCAUUUUCCCAACUCUCAAGCCUAAGGUCGCUGAACCUGCAAGCCAAUUUGCUGCACUCAGUGCCCAAGUACCUACCCACUGGCCUAAACGAACUACUGCUCGCUAAAAACAAAAUUAAAUUCAUUCGAUCGGAUGCUACAGCCCUGAAUAGCCUCACCGAGCUUAAGAAAUUGGACCUUUCCUCAAACCAAAUCGAAAGUGUGCAAGUCAGCGCUUUUGACGGUUUAAUAAAUUUGCGGUCUGUGGAGCUACAUGAUAACCCAUGGCGAUGCGACUGCUAUCUUUUAUAUCUGAAAUCCUGGUCUUCGGAAACAGCAGCCAUCAUUGGAAGCCAGGGUAAUGUACGUUGUUACUCGCCUGGUGCAUUUCAGGGCGUUACAUUGGGAAGUAUUGACGUAGAAACUCUGUCAGAACAAUGUGCACAAACCAGUGGGAACGCUAUUUCAAUACAAAACAUUGGCACAAGCAGUAUUGGGUUCGAAUUCACUGGUUUCAAAGCGCACGAUCCGGAUUACUUAACCUAUAUAGCAAUAUACGGCAAACUACUGUGUUCUAAUUGCACAGUAGAUACCAUGAACCCCCUCACCAAAGCUGUAGAAGUAUUAGAAGUAACGUCAGCCAAACCUGUCAACUCUACACAGAAUCAGCUUUCCAAUUUAGACGCUGACACUCGUUACGUCAUUUGCGUGUACACGUCAUACACUUCUGCUAAUGACGUCACGGUUUCGUCAUGCCAAGAAUUCCGUACAGCAGUUAACCCAGUCAAAGAAAACGAAACCGGAAUUAGACGUAAAAGCUUACCAUCGUGGCUCGUGGUUACAAUGAGCGCUGUAUUAUUUUCAACUGUUGUCGUCAUAAUCAUGCUCAUUGUUUGGAAAGUCUAUACCUCGCGAUCGACAGUGACGAAGUCAAGUUACGUCACCAGCCACGAACGCUACUUACCCCCUCAAUAUGUGCAACCUGACGUCACAUACCCUACGACCGGUAACGGUGUAGAGAUACAUACCUACAGCGGUAACGACGUGAAGAGGUGCUGUGCAGGUUUAUCUGCAAGUACUACAACAUUGGACGCAAGGCCAGAGUUCGACGUCGCUCUACUGGUGCGUACACAUAACACGGUACGCCCGAACAGCCACAGCGACACUGACGUUGCUUCUACAACCCAGACCGGUAUAACAGAGGCAAACGGUUCAAUUGAUAGUUUGACGUACGCGGCCGCGACGCUGCCAAGAAGGCCCACGUCACAAAUAUACUCUCACUUUCAUUGUGACGUCACGCCGCGUCACAAUGACUCGCGAUAUUCGUGGUUUGGUUCGCCGUCAACGGACUUGGACGACACUGGAGUUUACGUAUAACGCGACUUUUCAAUUUCCUCUUUUUCCAAUCUUCCUGUUUAAUUUUUUCAUGCAAUUACUCGAGCACUUGGUUCAGACUAUACACGCUCUGCUCACUAGUCAUUACCAUACAUUAUUAAUGCUAGAACGAGCAGUGGCGAACUUUUGCGGGUCAAACCAUGUUUUCCAUUACCGUGGUCAAAGUGUGCGCAUUCGUGUUAUUUAUUCCGCGUUUAUUUUAUAUGAAUAAACCAUGCUCCUUUUUAAA